GCCAAUCGGAAAUGACCUUGCGCAUGUCAACUGCACAUGGCCGGCGAUGUUGAAAGUUGCGUGUGGUUUAUGUAAACAUUUCCUAAUACUUUAAAAACUAACGAUUGGUAGAAGAAAUACUGAGCAAGAGAACAAACUGAGAUGGGGAACAACUCGUCUGCACCGGCCCAGGUCACUCCUCCCACAGAUAAAAGUUUGAAUCCACAAAGUGAUCCGCUGUCGGUGCCUCCCCCACCCGCGACUGUUGGACAAGCAGUAAUAACACCUGGAGCAGAAGCACAUACACCUCCAGAGGUAAAACCAGUACAACCAGAGAUAAAACCAGAACUUCCAAAUAACCCAGGGACGUAUGAAGAACUGCAUAAGGCAUGCAAAGAAAUAUUUCCACAACCAUUUGAAGGAGGUCGAUUAGUGAUAGGUAAAGGUGUAAGCAGUCAUUUCCAGAUUAACCACACACUAACGCUUGGUUCUCCUAUGGUCUCCGGAUAUAGAUUUGGGGCAACUUAUGUAGGAAGUAAACAGUUUUCACCACAAGAGAGUUAUCCUGUAUUACUUGGAGACGUUGAUGCAAGUGGAAACGUAAAUGCAAAUAUUAUUCAUGCCUUCUCAAAAAACAUUUUUACACGUUUUGUGGCUCAGUUUCAGGGAGAAAAAUCAAAUACCCAGCUAGUGACAGAUUAUAAAGGCAGCUCAUACACGGCCUCCUUGACAGUAGCAAAUCCAGACCUACUUAAUGGUUCAGGGUUAGCAGUCGGACAGUACUUACAGAAAAUAACUCCGUCAUUUGACCUAGGGGCAGAAUGUAUGUAUCAGAGAGGUGGUCACAUACCCGGUGGGCAGGUAGCGGUCAUGUCUAUGGCUGGAAGAUUAAAGGGUGAGAAGUGGCAGGCAGCAUCCACAUUUUGUCCAGCUGGUCCCGGAGGUGGAGGUUUACAUGCCUCAUACUGCCACAAAAUCAACGAUACUUUACAAAUAGGUGCUGAGUUUGAGACAAGUGUUGGCAUGGGAGAGAGCACAGCCACUGUAGGGUAUCAGCUUGAGGUGCCGGCUGUAGGGGUCAAUUUUAAAGGUCAAGUAGAUUCAAACUGGACAAUAGCAGCUUGUAUGGAGAAGAAGUUGUUGGAAUCCCAAAUACCACUAACAGUAUCAUUUAGCGCGAUAGGUAGCCAAGUUAAAUCAGACUAUAAAUUUGGAAUUGGUAUGAAUAUAGGAUAAAAGUGAUUCAAACGAUAUUUAGUGUUUUCCUUCUUAGUGAGCGAUCUUCCUUUAAGAUUUUUUAUGUGUUUUAAACCAAAUGACGAGGUGUAAAGCUUUGCCCGCUUCGACAAAAAGGCUGUGUUCAAACUACAGACCUCAUUUGUUCAUACAUAGCAAAUCUGGAAACUAGCGUAAUCAUGAAUUUUAUGCAUGUAUAUAUUUAUGAAGCGGUGUACUUAUAGUAUAUUGUUUUUGUUACCUGUUUAAGCAUAAAUGGGCUCCAUCAUUAUUAUUGCCUGUUUAAGUGUAAACAGACUAGCAUUUCUUAUGCCUGUGUAAGUGUAAACGGGCUCUAGUGUUUUUGUUGCCUGUUUUUUUUGUAAACAGGCUCUGGCUUGAUAUUGAUCAUACAUUAACUUCAUUUGUAAAUAAAAAAUUGAAAGGAUCCA